AUGGACGACAUAGACGAUCCUUAUUCUCAGUCUCGACCCGCUGCCAGACCGCCGCGGAGGGCUGAAGCGGUCGAGUCUCAGGCCGGUCCUUCGGCUGCAGGGGCUGCCCAAUCCUCGUCCUCGUCGUCCUCAGCCCGCUCUUCGCCUUCUUCACAGGAGGAGGACAUCCUUCGCCUGGAGGCUCACAACGGGACACGCAAUGGGAUUGCUCCCGGAGCGUCGGGCUCGCAGUACGAAGAAAGCGCUGACGAGACCAAGGAUCGGGACAAGGAUCGCCUCUAUGCCGUCCUGAACAUCGAGCGCGAUGCAACAGAGGACCAGGUUCGCGAGGCCUACCGGUCCCUCGCCGUCGCCCUCCACCCAGACAAGCAUCUUGAGUCUUCUGCCAAGGCAGCAGCGCAGUCUCGCUUUCGGGAGGUGCAGCGGGCGUACGAAGUCUUGUCAGAUCGGGAGAAGAGGAGCGUGUACGACUACUUUGGCGAAGAGGGGUUGACUUCCUCCUGGACCAUCUCCACCAGAGGCAGGACACCAGAGGAGCUUCGCGCCGAAUUUGAGAGGCAGAAGCUAGGCAGAAGGUCCAAGGAGGUGGACGAGCUCGUCAAGUCAAAAGGAGAGUAUACGGCGCAAAUCGAUGCCACCUCGAUGUUCGCCCCUGCUAAGAGGGUGAUGCGCCCGCCGAACCGCGCUGGCACAGAGGUGACAGUGCAGGACCGAUGGAACGGCCUCAAGAGUGGACAGCUUGUAGGCAAGCAUGGUUUCAGUAUGCAGAUCACGGAGAGGAUAGCUCUCGGCUUCACUGGCCAGAUGGUCAGCCGGAGAGGGAUGGGCUCGGGCAACUUGAUCGGGACGCUCAAAACGCAAUGGUCUCCCAAGCUCUCCUUUGAGCUCAGUACAACGCUUAUGGCUCCACAAUUAGCGGUAUUGAAGACUGACUAUACACUCAAUGAGUUUACAUCUAUACAGACGAUCAUAAGCGGACAGACCAUUGCCAUACCGCCAGCGAUCAAUGCCACUCUUGUACAGCGCCUCUCUACCGAAUCUACUCUGGCCGGCUACACCAGUAUCCGGUCUGGGUCUUACACCAUCGGUCCUUGGGGCAGGGAGGCUGCUUCGUCGGGCAUGCUACGCAUGGACCCUCCUAGCGUCACAGUCGGCCUCACUUCCUCGAAGAUGGACGGCAAUGGAUGGUCAGCCUCCACCACUAUUGGCGUGGCAGAUUGUAACAUCUCCCUCGACCGUGGCAUCACCGCCAAGUGGCUCGGUGGCGCUACCCUGCGUGGUGGAAUCGGUCUCGGCCUAGCGAGCGGGGUGAACGUCUUCAUUAAUGGCGAUCGGAGCGUGACGGACAACAUCAAGCUAGGCUUUGGGGUCACUGGAGGUGUGCCUGGGGGUGUCACCAUUCGCCUCAAGUUCAACAGGCUGGGCCAGCGCAUACAGGUCCCCAUCUUGCUCUCCCCAGCACCGCGGUCUGACCUGCUUGUGCUAUCGACUGCCAUUCCUCUCGUAGGUCUGUAUGCUCUCGAGCAGCUCUACUUGGCGCCGACGAAGAAGCAAAAGGUGGGAAGACGCUUGGAGGAGCUGAGGCGUGAGAACUGGGAGCUGAUCAAAGAGAGGAGACAAGGCGCUCGAGAGGGAGUGAAGGUCUUGACUGGUCAAGCCAGGAAGAAGGCGGCUGCAGAGAGGUUGAAAGGGGGUCUGAUCAUCCUGGAGGCCUUCUAUGGUAGAGCAGACGUCUUGCCAGCCACGCAAUUCUUUGGCGAGCCGGAGGACCUGGACAGGAGAGCCUGGAAGCGGUCAACAGCAGACGAAGCCGGAGAGGCUAUCGAGGAGCAAGAUGAGACGAGCGCCACCUUCGAGACGGACGUAUUUGCAGCAUCGAAUCUCUUCUGCGAUGUGAGAAUACCGCUACAGGCUCUUGUCAACAAGUCGAAGCUUGUCGUACCUGGAGGUCGUUCAAAAGGAAACCUCCUUGGCUUCUAUGACCCCGCGAUGGGUGAAAAGAAGGUUUUGCGAGUAAGGUAUCUCUUCCGCAAUCAGCUGCACGAAGCAAUCUUUGAAGACAAGGAGGCCGUAGCUGCUCCCAUGAGAGGUGACUCAUCAGCUAUGACGCCGAUCCUGACAACAUCGGCUUAG